AUGUGUCUUAUACUUAGUGCGCGGGGUCGGGAGUUUGAAGAGAGUGUGCGUUUCGCAAAGAGCUUUAUGCCCAGCCGGGUCUACGUCAAAAUCGGCCUGCACGAUGGACAAAGAUCAGGCUCCAGAUGUUUACAGCUCUCAGGUGUGUCUGUGAAGAGUGACCAGUCAAAAGGUGAUGGACCAAACUUAAGUGAGGAAAAAGCAUUGUCAACGAAAAGUAACAAAGGACACAAGACCACAGUAAAUAUCGGUGCAGAAAUUACACGGUGGGAAAAGCUAAAAGAACAGAAGGGAUUGAAGAGUGAUGUGGAACUGGCAACUUUUCUUCUCAACAGGGUUCAGUUUGAGAAAACAGACUCAAACUACAAGAAUUACCGCAACCGCAAGAAUUUCAGAGAAAAUCUCCUCUGGAUCUUCAAGGAUCUUGAGACCAAAAUAACUGUAUUUUUGAAGAAUGAGCUGGAUGGCGACUUUAUAGAGGAGAUGCGUGAUAUCAAAGAAGCGGCUCUUGAUAUCACACUCUUCUUUCUGAGAGAUAUGAAGCAAGUUGAAGUUGCAGAUGCUCUACAAGAUGAGCUGGUCCUCUUUCAUCAGCGACCACUAAAAUCAAACCUGAAGAAGAAAUAA